AUGACAGGGAACAUGCGUGUCGCACGGCGAUAUCACACAGCGUCCACAUUAACAAAUGAAUUAGUAUUAGUUGCUGGUGGAUACAACGGUCUUUCUAUUAAUAGUGCUGAAUUGUACAAUCCAUCAACAGGCAACUGGACAACUACAAGGAGCAUGCGUGCCGUACGAUAUUAUCACACAGCAUCCACAUUAGCAAAUGGAUCAGUAUUAGUUGCUGGUGGAUACAACAACGGUAGUUUUCUCAAUAGUGCUGAAUUAUACAACCCAACAAAGGGUAUUUGGACAACCACAAGAAACAUGAAUGCCGCACGAUAUCAUCACAUAGCAAUCACAUUAGUAAAUGAAUUAGUAUUAGUUGCCGGUGGAUAUAAAAACGGUAGUUAUCUCAAUAGUGCUGAAUUGUACAAUUCAUCAACAGGCACUUGGAGAACUACAGGAAACAUGCGUGCUGCACGAUAUCGGCACACAGCAACCUCAUUAGCAAAUGGAUUAGUAUUAGUUACUGGUGGGCAGGGUAGCAAUAAUUAUCUGAAUAGCGCUGAAUUGUACAAUCCAUCAACAGGCACUUGGACAACCACGGGAAGUAUGAAUGCCGGGCGACAUUAUCAUACUGCAUCCACAUUAGCAAAUGGAGAAGUAAUAGUUACUGGUGGGCGGGGCAGAAAUGGUUAUCUGAAUAGUACUGAAUUGUACAAUCCAUCAACAGGCAAUUGGACAACUGCAGGAAGCAUGAAUGCCGCACGACAAGCUCACACAGCAUCGAUAUUAGCAAAUGGAUUAGUAUUAGUUACUGGUGGUUACAACGGUAGUAGUUAUCUGAAUAGUGCUGAAUUGUACAAUCCAUCAACAGGCACCUGGAUAACCACAAGAAACAUAAAUGUUGUACGACAAUAUCACAGAGCAUGCACAUUAGCAAAUGGAUCAGUAUUAGUUACUGGUGGAUACAGUGGUAGUAGUUAUCUCAAAAGUGCUGAGCUUUAUUCAUCGAUAUAG